GCUGUAACGCUAUAGAGCUGUACACUCAUCAUGCCGGAGCUGACGUCGAAGGGCACGACCAUUUCCAAGAAAGGUUUCAAAAAAGCUGUAACCAAAACUCAGAAAAAAGAAGGGAAGAAGCGGAAGAGAUGCCGUAAAGAGAGCUACUCCAUUUACAUCUACAAGGUGCUGAAGCAGGUGCACCCCGACACUGGCAUCUCGUCCAAGGCCAUGAGCAUCAUGAAUUCCUUUGUUACUGACAUCUUCGAGCGCAUCGCGGGCGAGGCGUCCCGCUUGGCGCAUUACAACAAGCGCUCGACCAUCACGUCGCGGGAGAUCCAGACGGCCGUGCGCCUGCUGUUGCCCGGGGAGCUGGCCAAGCACGCCGUGUCCGAGGGCACCAAGGCUGUCACCAAGUACACCAGCUCCAAGUGA